CAUUCUUCCACUCUUCGAUGCGCUCAACGCCUGCUGUUGCUUGAUUUUAUGACUGUGAGCAGGGCGACCUGAGCGCCAGGCGACUGCGACGACGCGGCACCCCCACCACCUUUCGUUUCCGACCAUCAUGACGCUGACGUCUGCUCCAAUCAACGAGAGCACCGUGGCGGGUAGCGCCGCACCGCCGUCGACCUCUGCGCACGCACAUGCUCCAACCCUCCGUCGCAUCACCAAUGGCAUUAGCAGCGCAGCAGGUGCCAACACUGAGUUGCGUGCUCAACUCCGCCGCGAGCGCGAGCGCGAAAAGGAGCGCGAAGCUGCUUCAGUUUCUGGUUCUGCGCCCGCUCCCCUGUUCGCUUCGGUCUCUGCCAGCCAGCCGCCGCUGAUCGUCAGCGCUCGCAAGGCAGAUGGCGCAGGCAGCGUCCAGCCGUCCAUUUCUGCGCCUGCACUCCUUGCCGCAGCGCAGCAGCGCCCGCAGCCGCAGGCGUCGCAGCAGCGUCCCAAGGCCGGCUCUCCGCCGUCGUCUGCCCCGGUAGCAGGAGCAGCAAUGCCAUCGAAAGGCACAGCACAUUCCAAACAAGCCGUGUCCGGAUCCGCGUCCGCUCCGCCCUCCGGUGCGGCAAGCGUCGCUCAGAAGGUGAUGAGCAGAUUCGCCUCCAACUCGUCCCUCGCUUCCGCGAUCAGUAUGCAAAGCGCUUCCUCCUCGUCUGCCUUUUCGGGGCAUCACCAACAUCACCGCCAGCACACCGGCUCCGUCGUCGACCCCAGCACGAGCACAGCCAGCCAGCUCCAGCACGGGCCCGUACCCUCCGAUGCGCUCUUAACUGGCAUGACGAGCAACCAAGCUGGUGCAGGGCGAGAAGAUGCUGAAGACGCGGAGGAAGACGAGGUAGAAGACGCGCUGCCUCGCAGGCGAUAUCGUGGGCACAGCGGCGGCGAUGAUGUCGCCUUGAGUAGCAUUGGCGAGCACCCUGCCGGCAACUCCGUUGAGGCGGCCGCGGCGGCGCAGCCAUCGAAUGACCGCAGUCGUGCAGAGACGACGGCGAGCGGGAGCAGCAGCAUGACCUCGUUUAGCAGCAUCGGCGGCUCGUCUAGUCUGCUGCUGUCCAGCACAUCCUCCAUGGGCUCGUCGGACACAACGGUCAGCAUCGCCACUAGCUCGCAGCCACAGCACGUGCCAACGCAAAUGCAUGCCUCUCACGGCCCAGCCACCACCAUGCAUUUUGCCCCGAUUCAGCAGGAUCUGAGCAUGCCAGUGUCAUCCAUAUCAUUGUCUCCUUGGAGCAGUGCCAAGCCUAGCAGCGGCAGUGACAGCAUUUCGCGCAAUCACAUCCGGACUUCGAGCUCCUAUGAGUCUUUCGACGGACCUGUCGGCAUCGAGGCUCUGAAAGAGGCUUUCAGUGCCAAGUAUUACGAACUGGCGGCCAAGUGCAAGAACUGGGAGCGCUACUCUGCCAAGCUCCGCGCGCAAGCCGAGGCGCUCGAAGUGGAGAACCGCUUGCUACGGGAUAUGAGCUCCAAUUAUGAGCUAAAAGUCACGGACCUGCAAGCGCAACUGCGAACCGUGCGCGACGAGGCCUGGACCUGGGAAGAGAUGGUCAAGUCGACGCAGAAGCGCGUUUCGGAGCUCGAAGCGCACAUCUCGCUCAGCGAACGGGAUCAGCACUUUGUGGGCGGCAUUCUGCGUGAUCUGCCGUCGGCGCCAAGCUCGGGCGAGCAACCAACUUCCAUCAUCCACCAGUCGUCCUCCCUAUCCUCGGCGCUCUUUUCGCCGACGGGAGAGGACAGCGGCGCUAAUGGAGCCCUCCGCGCCAGCCGCUCUGGCUCUGCGCGCACGUUCCACGGGACCGACUCGUACGGCAGCAGCGCCGUGGAGGGCGCACCCGCAGCGCCCGCAUCGCUCGUGAACACCGCACUGCCUGCGCCGCUGCAGCAGAUGCUCGCACAGGCACACGAGGACCAUCGGCGCCUGCAGGAGCAGGCCAUCGCGAGCAACCUUGACAUGAGUUGCGCUCCACGGCGCUCUUCAUCCCGUGGCGGCGGCGGAAGCAUGCUUCGCACAGCGGCAGAGAACCGGUGGCGUGAUCCGCACCGCAGGAGCGACAGUACGGUCAGCAUUGCGGAAGUUCUUGCGCAGGAUGCCGCGCACCGCGACGCAGCAGCUGCCCAUGGCGAGAACAGCCACCGCCUUUCGUCCUGGCGUUGCCACGAGCAGAACGGCAUGCAAGCCCCUGCGUCUGCGCCGCUUCCGUCUGUCGCGACCUUUUCGGGUAUCACGAGCAAAGCGCUCAGCAUGCUUGAGUCGCAGCAUCAUGCCAAGCUGCACGCCAUGAACCGGCCCGUCGCGUCAACGUCCCAACAGGAUCCCCCGCCAGUAUGGGGAUCGCAUCAGCGCGCGCCUUCCGUCGACGGCCAUGUGCUCGGCACUUCCAAGGCUGCGUCGUCUACACAACAGAAACGCAGGGGCUUGCAGCGCAAAUCCUGGGAUCGGAGCCAGCGCUCGGAUGACAGCGCUGCCAUCUUGCCCGGAGAGCCGAAAAGGGAGAGCAUUUCUGAAGCUCAACACCAGAUUGGCGUCACAGAGUUCCUGCAGAGCUACGUGGACCAGCGCAAACAUGCCCGCAGAGAGUCUGCACCGGCUCAGCAACAGCAGCCGCAAGCGCAGGCACAACAACAGCAGCAGCUGCGGUCUGCAAACACCUCUGCUUCCAAUCCACCUUCGCGUUCAACUUCUCGCCUGAGCAACCAUUCGGCUGCGGACUCGCGCGUCGGAGGUCGGACUCGACCGUCCAGCCGAGCGAGCAGUUUGCACGAUUACAUUCCUGAGGACAAGGACGAUCUCUUUUCGCCCGAUGCCAGCGAGAAUGUCAGUGCAUUCGCGAGCACCAGCCAGCUGACGUCGAACAUUAGCGGCAACAGCAGCAAUGAAUGCGCCAAGUCGCCCACCAUUGUCGAUGCGGCGGACCUGUACCAGAGCCGCUUCCUGCCCUAUGGCCCGCUGGUAAGCACCCCGCUAUACGAGCCCUCUGAGCAAGAGCUGUGGAUGCCACUAGUGGACCGCGGCGUCAAUGUGCAGACCCUAUCGCCGCCUGGCGACCGUACCGAGCACGCACAGCAGCCUUCUGCCCCCACGUCAGAAGAAGACUCAUCGGGCUCGCACGUCUCCAAGCCUCUGACGCAUGACGAGCUCGUCGAGCAUCGGCAGAUCUACAGCCGCCUGAGGCGCGAACUGUCUCAAGAAGACUUGCAAAAGUUUGAAAUGUACGUGAGACGCUACGACCUCAUGGACAUACCACUGGAAGGCCCACGCGGCCUGCUAGUCCGCGUCAAAAAGCUUUUGUUGCUCUCUGACUCUAGGAUUCGGCAGCAGCCCGAGAAGAAGGCGCUGCGGAAGCAGCUGGCAAGGGAGUUUGAACGCGUUUGCAGGAGCGCUCAUGCGUGACGGACCAUCAACGACAAAAUCCAUACGGACAUUCACACUCAUAUUGCUGAUUCUAUCUUCGCGUUGAGCGGACAUCCGCAAGAGACUGUAGUGUUUUUGACGGCAUUUAAUGACCCAACUUCCUCCCAAGAC